AUGGAGGUGGAGGCGCACGAGAAGAAGGGCCACCGGGCCUUCGCCAAGGCAAUCAAGUCCCUCGGCUCGCACAGGCGUUCCAACUGGUUCGUUCGCGCCGAAAGAUUUUUCCUCAGCCAGCUUCUUUGGCUUUCAAGUGGUGAGAUUUCUCCUCCUACUCAUGUGCAGCUUCAGCAAUGUGUCUGCUGCGGUUUUUCUGCUCACCAGGAAGGCGUGAAGACUAAGGUGAAGAGCGAUUUGAGUAAGGAGGCGCAGCCUGCGAGAGGAGCACAAAGCUCCUUGAGAAAAGAGAUUCUUCAACUAGAAAAGCACCUCAAGGAUCAGCAGGUCGUGCGUGACGCCCUGGAGAAAGCUCUGGGGCCAGACGCCGCUCCGGUCAACAACCUCUUGCACGAGAAUCCAAUGCCCGGUGCCAGGGUUUCCUGCAAGAGCAGAGGCGAUGCCGUGCUCCGGUCCAGCUACCCGCCCCCGCCGACCCGUACUUGUGCUCGACACUGCUGUGCAUGUGUGGCUCCUAAGCGCUCGGCGUCAUAUUGUAGCAUGUGCAAUGCCCGAGGCUUAGGCGUCACACGGCCGGGAUAGGCCCUCCAGCGUCAGCGUGGUUUUUUUGUGUGGCGUCGUUGGCUAAGGCGUCACACAGUAUCGUGUGGCGUCUAAGUGUCGGACGCCACACAAAAGGGUUAGCGAGUGAAUUUUUUUCGAACGUAGUUCAGUUUAUAAAUUUUUAUCAUUUAAGGGUCAUAUUUGUCGAUUUUGCCUGCUAGUUCCGCUGCUGCCGUGCGCUUUUUCUGUAGCAUCAAGUCUUAGGGAAUAGUUGAUGAUUUUACUUUUCU